UGCAGUUUAUGAGUCACGUCUAUAGUUGUCUUAACUUUCACCAGCCAAUUCAAUAAUUAAAAGCUUCUGUUGUCCAAAAAUCAGUUUAUAUUUUUCACGUCAUCAACCACAACUGCCAGAUUCUUUGAGGAUAUGUUUUGUUGGUGCACGAGAUGGAAGAGAGCAGACCAAUGAUUUUACUGACCUGAAUAAACCCCAUACUUCCUUAAUAAACUGGGGAUUAGCAGUUUACAUAUGUAACAUAUCUAGCAGAUGGGUGGAAGCUCCGAAGUGCCUCUUUGCUCUUUUUAACUUUCCUCUAGAAAUGAUCGCCACGGGGAAAAAAAAAAAAAAAAAAACCUCUUCGAGGUUACUCGGCGGGGCUGGGGUGGUCGCUGGGUGCCGCUGUCGUCCUCAUCGUGUUCUGCCUUCUUCUCUUCCUCCUCCUCCCCCUCCUCCUCGUACUGGGGCGGCAGCGCCCUUGGCCACGGCGCUUGGCUUUGGGGGCACUGGGGAGGACCAAAUCUGGGAGAGUCAGAUUAGGAUGGGAAGUUACUCUGUAUCUCUUCAGCCUGCACUUGAAAAUGUGACUGCACCUGAGAAGCGUGUGCUACUCGAGAAACGGAAGCUCCAGUUAAGCCCAGAGCAAUGUAGCAUCUUUUAUGCAGACCAAUACGGAAAAAUGUUUUUUCCUAAUUUAGCAGCCUAUAUGAGCUCUGGACCUUCCGUUGCUAUGGUUCUUGCCAGACAUCGUGCAGUCUCAUUCUGGAAGGAAUUGCUUGGACCAUCAAACAGCAUAAAAGCUAGGAUGACUCACCCUCACAGUUUAAGAGCAGUCUAUGGGACUGAUGAUCUGAGGAAUGGACUUCACGGCAGUGUCAGCAUUUCCUCAGCAGAAAGAGAGAUUCGAUUCAUGUUUCCAGAAGUGAUCUCGGAGCCAAUUCCAGCUGGACAAAGAGCUAGAGAUUACCUGAAUCUUCAUGUAAAUCCUACGUUACUAGCUGGGCUCACUGCACUUUGUAAAGAGAAGCCAGCAGAUCCAAUGUUGUUACAGAUGUCUGGAAAAGCAAAUGGAUGCCAUCAUAUGAUGCCAAAAGAAAGUUUUUGCUUUACUAUUUCUGAGACAUGGCUUGCUGACUGGUUGAUCGAACACAAUCCUAACAAACCUAGGUUACAACAUCACGUCACUGAAGAGGAACACCAGGAGUAAGAUCUCAGCGGAAAUCAUCUCAAGCAUUCCAAGUUACAGAUACAUAUCAUCAUUUUCAUUCUAUUCCUUGGCAAUUAAUAUCGUUUGAAGUAAACGUUGUUGUCAUAACUACUUUCAUGUCUUCAUGAAAUCCUUUCUCUUAACCAGGAUUUAACAGCUGUAGUAACUUUUCUAUUGACGUUGAGAGUCUGGACUUGCAUGAUAAAUUUACUGUGUCAGGUGAUUAGAAAAGGAUGAAAUUAUCUUCAGGUGUUACCUAAACUGCUGUUUUCUCCAGUUAUCUUGGUUUGGCUGUCUGGGGCAAAUAAAAUCAUUUAGACAAUCAUAGAUUCCCAAAUGUUGUACAGCUGGCCUGUACUUUGUUAAGCAGACUUGUUUCCAGCACUUUUUUAGCAGACACAAAUUGCAUUAUGAAAGGAGGGACCUGAAUGUAACUUAGAAAACAGACACUGAGGCCAUAUUACCAGCUGGAGAAAUUUGGUUGUUGAUUACAUCACUGAGCUAGGACAACUCUUAAAGUGGUCACUUGAGACUGAUGGAUUUUGACAAUAUAAUUUGAAAAGCCUGAAUGAAGGGUACCUUGAAUGAACAUUUCCCAUCUCAAUGGCAAAAGGCACAGGGGUUAUAAAUCAGUCUCUAAUUUCUAUUAGAAGUCACAGGAGGGUGUAUUUUAGUCAGGGACUAAUACUUACCUUAAUUCCAAUAUUUGUUUAAAGGAAGGUUCUUAAAUGCAACAGCUCACAUUAAGGGUGUUUUUUGUGCUCAUCUGCUCUUAAAGGGUAUGCUGAUUUGUUGUUGUCCUGGUAUCGCUGUUCACGCUUGGACUUUACUGCGUUUUAUUUGACAGCUUCAAGAGAACGGGUUAGGGGCUAUGCUGUUCAACAGGCAAUGGUUAAUCCUGCACUCUAUUCCUGAAGUAAUUGGACUGGUUUGGGGGAGGGCAGGGGGCUUUUUUGUUUUCUUAAAAAUUGUAUUUGCACUGUUAACUUCAAGCUUUGUAUCUUACGGUUUUCCUGGAUUGCAUGGAGAAAAUGUUGGUCUCGCAACUCUGAAACUUGAGUAGACUUGACUCAUACUAAAAAAAAAAAAGUCAGAUUAUUUUAUGACAAACCUUGCUCCUCAAACUUGAGUAAUUAGCAGCAACUUAAGUCAUUUGUCUCUAAGCUAAUCAUGUAUCUUCUAAGAGAGUUAAUCGAUACUUGCCACUUCAGAAAACCAACCCCUGCAAAAACAAAACAAAAGAACCAGCCUAACACUCAGAUAUGAAAAAAAAAUACAAGGUCAUUAGAAAUACAGCAAACAGAUCUCUUUAUGGCUAAUGUCCUUUGCCUAUGAUUAUUGCUCCCUACAAGUGCCUGAUUGCUGCAUAUAAGACAGUGAUACUUUGUGGUUUCCUGUUAGCCAAACCAAAACAUUUCUGUUUUGAACAUGCCAGAAGCUAAAACCCAGCAUAUUCACAAUGCAUUCUCCUUCUUUUUUGUUACUUAAUGUGGUGUUUGCUUUCUUACUUAGAUAUGUUAUAGUUUGACAAUAAACGUCUCCUUUAUGUUA